UGUGUGACUUUCAAAGUAAGAGCAUUGGCUUGUCUCGACGCGAAGCCUAAGCACACGUUUCCCCCUCGUGUGGUUUGUUUAAUUUUGAAAGCGGAAGUGACUUUUAUUUUGCCUUGUUAAAGCGACUAGACGAGAGCUAAUCUUUUGUACAACAAUGUCAGAUUUAUUUCCUCCGCUUUAGGCACGUUGGCACCGAGAGAGACGUGACAGUUGGACGCGUUGCUUAGCUUCCUAAUGUUUACCGGGGGGUCGACGGGGGGUCUUUAUCCCUUGUGUCCCGCUUGUUUAUUUGUAGGUGGGGGAGUUGUUUGACACUUUGACGCGCGGAGGGGGUCGUGGAAUGUCCAAAGUGUUCGGCUAGCGUCAACUCUUGCGAACCUGCUGCUGCUGCUUCUGCCGCUGCCGCUGCUGCUGCUGCUGCCGCUGCUUCAUCACCUCGCCGUCAAAGGGGGAGCAACCCGAAGCUGAACAUUGACAAAGCCAAGCCAGACUAGCCAGCAGCGCAGCUGGACGCGGCUCGCGGGGCAUGACGACUCCAAACAAGGGAAGCAAAGCCUUGAAGGUGAAGCGUGAGCCGGGCGAAAAUGGAACCAGCCUGACGGACGACGAGCUGGUGAGCAUGUCGGUACGCGAGCUGAACCAGCACCUGCGCGGGCUGACCAAGGAGGAGAUCCUGCAGCUGAAGCAGCGGCGGCGCACGCUCAAGAACCGAGGCUACGCCGCCAGCUGCCGGGUGAAGCGCGUGACGCAGAAGGAGGAGCUGGAGAAGCAGAAGGCUCAGCUGCAGCAGGAAGUGGACAAGCUGGCCACGGAGAACGCCAGCAUGAAGGUGGAGCUGGACGCGCUGCGCUCCAAGUACGAGGCACUCCAGAACUUUGCCAGGACUGUGGCGCGCAACCCCGUCACCUCGGCCCGCGGGCCCAUGGCCUCGGUCAUCGGGCCGCUCAUCCCAGGUAAAGUGGCCGCAACCAGCGUCAUCACCAUCGUCAAAUCCAAAACGUAAGCUCGGUCGUAGUAGCCCAAAGACCAAAACUAGUCAGUGCAUCCUAACAAGGCGUUCCGAUGGCAAUAUUGUUUUCCGACAACUGGUGCAGCUAUUGUUGACGUUUGCGAAAACCCCAUCGCUUUAUUCCUCUUUUAGCACUUCUUAGCCAGUACAAUCCUAAAAUAAUCGAAACAUUUCUCGACAUUGAGAAACGAAGCUUUUGCAAUUGUUACUAUGCACUGACUGACUCCAAAAUAUCAAAAGAGACGUGCAUUUUUUUUUUUUUUUUGUUCAUCACAAACAGUUCCCUGGUGUCUUAAGAACAUGUCCGUGACAUGUUUUAGUGGAAAUACCCCAAGGAUCAAGAAUCAUAGCACACUCUACAGUACAGACGCUAUUUCUGUUGGGAGGGGGCAGAUUUAGGAAGUAGAUGAGCAAUUUUCCAUAACAUGUCCCCUCUCAAGAAUCACAAGCAUUGAUGAAUGCACUUCAAAUCUUAGCAUCGUUUUGAGCAACAGCGUUCAACAGAACUAAUCAUUGCCGAUAUGACCGGUAGAUGCAAUAAUACACGUGUGCACUGAAAACACAACGAGAAGAAGAAAAAAAAAAGAGGAUGGGAUGCAAACCUUGAAUGUUCUAACUGUUUAAUCUACUCCUCGAGAAAAUAUGAUGGAGUUUAGGUUGUUUUUGUUUACAGAGCCGUCAGAUUUAAAAAAAAAAAUAAAUAAAUCAACGAACAAGCUUUACUGUUUAAAUGGAUAAGAUGUGGAGUUCUUUUGUCUCAAUGUGACUUACAAGCCGGGGUGGGGGAACGGAAAAGCUCAAAAGCCUCAAAAACAUUGAGGGGGAAAUUGUGUAGCUUCAGUUUGACCUUUGACCUGAAAACACUGCAAGGAAAACCAAACCAGUGUAAGAAGACCCCUUUACGCAAUUAUGCUAUUAAUACUGGCUUUUGGAGGCACCCCCCCACCCCGUCUUAUUGUUUUUUUGUUUUUAUUACGAGGUAGAAUACCUUCCGUUAUUUCUAGAAAUACAAGGUGGAAAAAAUGUGUCGGGAAAAAAAAAUCUGUGACUGUUUCCCCCUCUAUUUUUUUUUUUGCAAUUGUACCAAAAGUGGCUUACUAUUGAAGUCUGAUAGCUUUUUUUCUAGUAGGCGAGUAGCUACUGUGAGGUAGCGCGUGAUGUGAUGUGUUCUUUAAGUGACAAGUUUUUGGCAGUGUCGUUCACUGUAUAGAUGUCAAUGCCGUGCUAUUUUGGAAGCCAGUCUGUAGAGCUAAACUUAGGUGGUGUAAACAAGGUCAGCUUGUCGUCGUGGCACUUGUGGUAUCCUCCUCUCGCUUCUUCCUCCUCCUCUUCCUCCUUUGUGACGUUUAGUUCCCAAGCCAAAUCAUCAUCAAAUCAAAAUUGGCAAAUUUUCUGAGACUAAUUGUUGGGUCUUUUUUCCCCAUCUCUUGAAUUAGAAUGAUGAUGACUUUUCACUGGACAGCAUAUAUUAAGGGCACCCGUUUUUUUUGUUUUUUUUAUAUUGGCUUUUACUCCCUGAGGAGAGUUUCUAUUAUUUCAGACUCAGGUUGCAAAGGGACAGCCAAUUUCUGUAUCCUGAAACUCAUCUUCCCGUAAUUAUGCAACGCUACUCCAGACUGUAAUAGGCCCAAAUUUUGUUUGUUUGUUUGUUUGUUUGUUUAUUUAUUUAUUUAUUUAUUUAUUUAGCCAGACACUCAAGGGUGCGCAUAGUAUUUUUCAAUUCAAAAGUUUUUUUUUUUUUUUGGUGGGGGCUGAGGGUUUGUGUGUACUAUGCUUGUUUUGCUCAGGACGAAACAGUUCGACAAUAAACGAGAACACGAGACGUGAAGUGAAGCAACGAGGCAGCUUUUGUUCCUUAUUUUAUUUUGUGUUUACCGUUCAUAAGAAGCUUAUCGUAAAGGGCUCUGAUCCACAGCGCGGCCACAAAGAGUUACAAUCAGUUCCUCGGACUCCUUUGCACGCCUUGUCAGUUGGGAAACCAACGAUAGAAAUUAGGGAUGCACGAUAAUAUUGGUGGCCGAUUAUUAUCGACUGAUAUUGGGAUCUGUGACGUCAUACCGAUAAUUAAAAAAACACAGAUAAUAAUAAUAAUGACGUUUUAGCUCUAUAGUCUACUGGUGCCUGGCUCCUCAAGCCUUCCCUUUCCCGUUUGUACUCAACCCCUCCCCUCGAUUUUUGGCCAAUCGAUUAUUUGUGACGUCAUAAUAUUUUUUUCACCGUGUCAGGUGAAGACAAUUCACUUGCAAUUUGGGCAGCGCGUUCUGCAGGAAUUCCACGGGGAGGGAAAAAGACUGCGAGCUUCAAUACAGCGAGUAGGAUAGGUCACCUUAAAAGUCACCAUUAUGAUUUGUGGCCUGCCUGUUGUGCUAAACCGAAAACUAGCGCUACGCAUGGUACGCAAAGCUACUGGACUGAUGACAAUUGAUAAGAGGCAAACGUUUGACAGAAAA